UUCAAGUCACCUGAUUUUAAUUCAGCUGACUUCAAUAAUGGAAGAAACUCUGUAAAGUCUUUAAUUUGCAAAUCUAUAGCACUAUGUAGUUAGCAGCAAUUUGUUUUUACUCUGUUGACGUGUUACCGUGGCUCUGUUUGUAGUGCGUGUGUUUUUUUUAAUUAGAAAAGUUAGCUCAGAUAGCAGCUAGCAGCUAAUCUUUUUCAUUUCUAAGCUGAGUUUGAAGCUACAUUUUCGUUUUUAGUGAAAACAUGGACAAAGUCAUUAAAGAUGUUGGCGAUAUCCAGUCCAGACUAUUGGACCACAGACCCAUUAUCAAUGCAGAGACACGCUACUUUGUGAGAGAGUUUGAGGAGAAGCGUGGCCACAGGGAGAGUCGACUGCUGGACAAUCUCAAUAAAAGUGUGACAGAAACCAAUGAACAACUGCAGAACUCCAGCUCUGAGGACAUAAAGCAGCAGCUGGCUGACGUCAUUGCACAAUUGGGGGCUGCAAAUCAUGUGGCACAAAGGAUCCAGCAGAGGGAGCUAGAAGGACAACAGAACAAACAGUUGAAGGAGAAUAUGGAGUAUUUGAAGGAGGAGUGGGCAGAGUUUCUGAAGGAGCAGCAGAGACUGAAGGAGGAGGUGGACGAGGACCACGCAAAGGCCGUUGGAGAAAUCAGCGCUAAGUACAACGAAAUGAAGAAAGACUUGGACAAAUUAGACAUCUGAUCUUUUAUUGUUCGUGAAGGUAACAAAGUUUAUUAUGGAACUGGAAACCAUAUACUUAGCCUGCUGGAGCCAAAAAGCCUGUUCUGCAAUAGCUAAUUAGAGACAUUGAUGGAUGUAGUCACUGCUUGGCAAAAACAAGUUCGACGUGAACAGGUUUUGCUCUAGCUCAAAGUUAGCAUUUCCCUAAUCACGAAUAAUAAAGUUGUGAUUAAGAAAGCUGGAUUUUCACAGACCAUCAACGCCACUGUUUUUGUUCUUUUGGCACACGGGAUACGCACCGAAUGUCCUGGAAUAUGUCACAUUUGAACAAGCAAUCACUGGACUGCUUUUUGGCCGUGAAGUUUUCAACAUUUCAAUAUGUUUAAUGGACGCCUGCCUAAGGGGUCCUGAUGACAUACAUUUAUCAUACAGGUGAAAUACGCCAAGCUCCGCAAGUCUGUGAUUUAAGUGUCCGUAACAACCUUCGGAGCAGGUGUGUUUAAAGCACAAGUCAAAUCCCGUAAAAAUGAGCACAAACAGAUCUCUUUCUGUGUUGGAACAUUUGACCUCCUCCAGUAAUUGAACCAAAUCAGGACUCAAAAAAAAAAAAAGCUGCUUGAACAAUCACCACCAGCUGCGAAGUGUUUACUCUGCCACCUGCCGUAGCAAUAUAAUGAUCACAAAUCCAGUAUUUGUCUGACUGUUUAGACAGAAUGAAACAUAAAUCUCUAUUCUUAAUGACUUUUCUGUUUAGCUUUCCCAUUGAACACACAUGCGUAUACUGUAAGAAUGUGUAGUAUUGCUUUGAGCUACUUGUCCCUCUCUCGUCUGCAUGUCUGUCUUAAACUUGUCCUGUACCAAAGCUGCAUUUCAGGUGGUCUAAAUGUUGAUACCAAAACUCAACACUUGGUGGUACUCUUUCAUUCAGCAAAACUCAGUGAAGCAUGACCCUUUCCCAUGUGAUUACAUAGGUUUUAGAUCUUUCCCAUUAUAUCACAUUUGUUUUCAAUAUUGAAUAGUGAUAAAUGCAAAAAUCUUCCCCUAACCUGGAACAUCCAGACUGAAAUCUCUCUGUAUUAGGGAAGUUUGUAUUCUGGAAGUCAUUUACAUUGCUAAACAAAAGCUCGAAUUUACAAACUGUAUGGCUAACAAUGCAAUGGUGACAAUCGUACAUAAAUGUACUUGUGUCAAAACAUUGAUAGAGAUCAGCACCAAAAUGGAUUCGCAUUCUAUAAAAACCAGGAUGCACUCAUCAAAUACUAUUUGAGCUGAUCCUCAUGUGUAUGUAUCAGAUAUCAUGUUUGCACUUUUUGUAUUAAAUGCUGUUUGCUCACAUAAUAAAUAAUGAUUUAUCAGUAUAAA